AUGGUGACCACGGUGGUGGAAACGGGAGCGUCGCCAGAGCGAUCCCGGGCCGGGAAGAACCUCUGGAACAAAGUGGUCGACGUGAUGUUGUCCCCUUGCUCGGGAAGCAGAAAGAAGAGCACCAGGAAGACAAGUCAACAACAACAGAAUCAUCCCCUCUCCCAAUUACAGCUCCAGGACCCCAAGGACAACAUCAACUGGAGCACCUCGACCCUCGGGAUGGAAACCGACCUCAACAUGAACACUCCCCCGGGGCUCAGCAUGGAGGAUGCAAGAGAGAUCCCGCUUUCCUCCAUGCCGUGGUAUCCUCCCCCGCCGUCGCCGGCACUCCUGCCACCCACGUCGUCGCGAAGCGGCCGCAGCAGACGCGGAAACAACGCCGCUGCUGCAGCAGGUGGUCAUCAUGCCACGACCAGCACAACGGGAUCCAGUGCAUCGUCGCCAGCACAGAGGCAAGGGCGACGGAGGCCGAGAGAACCUGUCUAUCGAGACAGGGACUGGGAGUAUCAAACUUAUGGCGCGUGGAUUAUAUUCUGA